GCGCAGACAAAGCAUUUUUCAAGAAGCGAGCAUCAAAAUUGAAAUUUUAUGCUGUUAAAUGGCUUUCAACCCAGAUGAUACCUUUUCAGAGUUUUUAGAGUUUUGUAAACCUUACUUAGAACAACAGAAAUCUACAGAACUGAUUAAAUUACUGCAGAAAAGAUUUAGUGACUGUCAAGAGAAAUUUAAAAAUUCUUCAGACUUUGCAGAUUUGACUGAAAUUACCUGUGCCAAAAUAGAAAGUGAUAGUAAAAAUAUAUUUAUUCAUCUUAGAGAUUUUCUUGCUGAGUUAAAGUCUAAGCAGAUUGACAAAAAAAGGAAAAGGGAGGCAACUCUUCAUGAUGAAUUUGAUGCCCCAAGUCCUAAAUCUUCUAAAGGAGAGACAAGUGAUGUUGAUAGUGAUGGGGGUUGGAAUAUGUUUAUUAGAAAGACUGCAACUGAUUGCAAAAAAGAUGGAUCAGAAUAUUUAGAACUCAAUAAAACAAAAGAAGUCAUUUCAAAUCAAGAGGAACAAAUGUGUAUAACUAUAGAUGAUAGUGACGAGGAGGACACAGAAAGUAGUGCUGUGAAUUUAACAGUCAAGAAAUUACAAAAUAGUUCAUCCAAACAACCUGACAAAUCCAGUGUUCAAAAAAUAGAUAUGAAAGUACAAAAUCAUGCCAAAAACAACUCUCACACAAAUAAGCUCAAAUUGGUGCAAAGCACUUCAAAGACUCAGGCCAUCAUCACAUCAACUACAAAUUCAUGCAACUCAGGUCUCAUACAAAAGUUACACAAUACUAUUGACAGUUGUUACUCUCCUGCUCAAAGUCAAAAACAACAAAAGCUUGUUACAAAUACACAGUUGACAGAAUCUGAUAAAUCUGUGAACAAAUGUUCAAACAAGAAACCCCUGAAUGACAUUGAAACUAUUGUAUUAGACGAUGAUGAUGAAGAUGAGGAUAAAAUGGAAGAUAGGAAUGAAAUUCAAAACAUAAAAAGGACUGAUAACAAUCUGACUUCAGUAAAUCACGAGAAGACUAUUAGAAACAAAGAAUCUAGUCCUCCAAACACAAAGGUGAAGAAAGUUUGUAAAACUAUAGACACAGUGAAUAAAGCACAAGAUCCUGUUACUACAGAACCAAUAAGAAUACAAAUCAUUGAAAAGGAGACAGAAGUAAAACAAUUAACAGACAAAGAAACAAAUCAUAUUGUGGAGGAAGUUAAAGGUCCUGAACAGAAAACAGACGCAUGCACCCAACAGAAAAUUCAAAGUAGUCCCAAAGUUGAAACUUCAGAGGAAGCAAAAUCAGAAUGUAAGACAGCUGAACUUAUAAAUGAUAACGACGAAAGUCAAAUAUCAGAAGACUGUCAGGUGGUGAUAUCAAAUCAUGUAGAUAAGGCACAGAAAGAAACUAGUGUGAGAGUUACAGAAUUAAAUGUUCAGAAAGCAUCUGGAACAAAGAAGUCUGACAUUCCUGAAGACAAGCCUAUCAGUUCUUUGAUUGAAAGAAAUGAAAAUUCAGAGAGUGAAAACCAAGAGGCAAAAAAAGAAGAGAACGGAACAGGCAUCAGUGAAAUUCCAAAUGAUCAGCAAGUAGCAAAAGAAAUUUGCAAUGAUGAGCAUGCAGCAAAAGAAACUCCAAAUGAUCAGCAUGCAGCAAAAGAAAAUGACAAUGUAGAAAAUGUUGAAGCAGGAAAUGGAUCUGUAGCAAAUGUAGACAAACAAGAUGAACAGAAAGCAGAAAAGACUAAAACGGGUUCAAAAAAACAAAUAGCUAGACUUGAAAAACUACUAGAGGAUUUGAGAAAUAAGAUAGAAGGACUUAAAGAGAAGGAGGUAACCCUUGAUGAAAUGGAUGAUGAGUGUUCUUCAUAUAUUUUGGAAGACAAGUACCAACAAAAGUUUGUCAAAGUAUGGAAAAAAAUAUGUGAACUGAAGAAUAAAUCAGCAGCCACUGGUCGUCCUAUUGAAAGAAGGUUUAAAUAUUCAGGGACACGUUACCCAGAGAUAAACAGGAAGCUGGAGAAAUUUGUCAACAAAAGAAAGGAAUUUCCAGAUUAUCAUGAUGUCAAAGCUGUCAUUACCAAAGUUAAUCAAGACAAAAAGAUUGGUUUAGGAACUACAGCAAUUGAGAGAUUAGCAAGAGAAGCUUUCUUAGAUGUAGGAGAAUCUCUUCAGAAGAGACGACGACAAGAUUUGGCAUACACCUCAGCUGGUCAUGUUAAGGCUGUUGAUAAACUAACAGAAGAUCCUGCUUCAAAUGACCCUGAGCUGAAGAAAAAGUUAAAUGAAAAUAGAAAACAUUACAAAGAGAAAAUGGAACAGGUGAUGAAGAAAUAUUCUGAUAUCGCUACAGCUACUGAACCCGAUGAAGAAGAGAACCAAUCAGAAGAGGAAGAUGAGGAGGAGGAAACCAGUCAGAACAUUGAUGUACCAGAAAUAACUACAAUCCUUGAAGACAGAGGAAGUCCAGUAUUAGAAAUCUUAGAGGAGGUAUCGCCUAUCACAUGUAGGUCACAAGACAGGGAUACAGAUCAUUCUGACAUUGAAAUGGAAACAGGUUCUUUUAUUAUUGAAACUGAUAAUGCUGAAGAAUUUUCUACAGGAACAGACUAUAGUUCAAUCACUGAAGAAAAGACAUCUGGUGAUGAAGAUGCAACAGGAAGUCCAGCGGUAUUAUGGGAAAUUGAUGAAGAUAGUAUCAGUAAGGUUGAAAUUCCUGACAAAUCAGUGUGUUAUGUAGAUUUAGGCAGCCCCGUUCAGAUUCACUCAGCUUCUGUUGAAAAUAUUUCAAUUCAUCAAAAUUCAGAAAUCAUUUCUGAAAGACAAUCUCACAAUUCAAACGAUGAGGACGAGGAAGAAUGUCCAAUUUUGUACACUGCAGUUAAAAUUGAUGACUUUGAAAAAGAAGCAAGCUUGAAAAAUGAUGAUAACUCAGCCAAAAGCAAAGUAAAAACUUUAUCUGUAGAUCUAACUAAAAGUAAAAGCAGAGUAAGGAUAUUAACUGGGGAUGAUGAUUUGUUUGAAAUGUCUGGUGUAGAAGAAAUGUCAGACUCGGAUGAAGACAACAGUAAUUGCUGUAAUGAAAUAUCUGGAAUAAUAGAUAGGAUAGGUUCACCAGUCAAAGAUAAUUCUGACUUACAUGAAAAUGAAUUACAUAAACAAAAAGAAAAUUUAAAGCAAAAAUCCAGCAGUUCUUCAGAUCCAAAUAAAUUUGAAAAGGAUUGUUCUGUUUGCAAUAUACCGGAAGACAAGGGAGAUAAAUUGACGCUUAUUGAUAAAUUGUGUUUAUGUGUGAGGUCAGAACAGGUGAAAAAUAAGGUCAAAAAUUUGAUACAUUUUCCUCAAAGUGAUAAAGAAAAAAACAUGGAAAAGGAAAGUAUAGCGAAAGACAAUCAUUAUAUUUCUGACCAAAGUGUAAAACCAAUUUCAGAUUCUUUGAAAAAUUUAAAAGAUAAAAAUCUAUUAAUUUCAAAAAGUGCAGAUCGUAAAGUUUUAUCUUUGAAAAUUAGCAGAAAUAAAGCAGAAAAUAUUCUUCAUGAUUCAAUGGAACAAGGAAAAAAUGAUAAUGGAAAAGGGAAUUGCUACAAUUCAAAAGACUUGUCAUCCAAUGACCUUGAUGGUAACUCUGAAGCAGUAGCAGAAGUAAAGGUCACCAAAUCAAUGGGGGUAUUGAAAACCCCUUUGGUUGAUGUACCAAGUCGGUCAUUAGAUUCAGUUAGAGAUUCAGGAGGUAUUAUUGAGUUGGAUUCAGUUAAAGACUCAGAAGGUAAUAGUGAGUUAGAUUCAUUUAGAGAUUCAGAAGGUAUCAUUGAGUUAUCGCUUGGAGGAUCUUUAGAGAGUAUUGAAAGUAUUCAAGAAACAUUAGAAGUAGAUGAAGAAACUGAAAUUUUAACAAAGCCAUGUGAUUCAGAAAAUCAUAAUUCAUUGUCAAAGACAAGUCCAUUCUUUAAAAUUGUUGGUGUGACUAGUAUUGAUCUAGAUGAAUAUAACACUGACUCUUCUGACAAUGUUAUUGGGAACACUGAUUCUUCCAACAAUCCUGCUGGAAACACCAGUAACUCAAAGCAUUCCGUAUUUGAAACUGAUACUCCAGAGAAUCCUGUAAGAACUAAGACAAAGGUAGUGGAAUAUGCAAAACCUCCCUCAGAAAAAUCUAAAUCUAGUAAUAAGAUUACAAGUUUAUUUGGUAAAGUGGACAAAAUUACUAAUUUCUUAUCUGGAAGAGUAGAACAGAACUCUAAACAGACAUGCAGCUCAUCUAAACAGACAGAUUCAAUACCUCAGCAUGCUCAAAAUAUGGUCUCAAAGAAAAUUACUGGUGCUCAAUCUAUAGAUCUUGAUAAGUCCAAAUUAAAAGCUACAGAAUCAGACAAUGCAGGUUCUUCUGUAUCUGAUUUUAAAGCUAGUGACAAUAAAAAGAAAGAGAGCAAAAUAUUUAACAAAGAGAAGUGGAAUAAAGACUUUGUAAAAAAAUCUUUUUCUAAAUUAAAAGGGAAAUUAUCUUUAGAAAAAACGAACAUAACUAACUCAGAAAGCAGUGACGGGAAAUUAUCUUUAGGAAAAAAGAACAUUACUGAUUCAGAAAGCAGUGACGAAGGAGAUGAUAUCCAAAUUAUUCAGGAAGAAAACAUGGAUAGGGCUUCAAAGAAUGAAGAAGAAAUUAUUGUUUUGUCCGACUCUGACUAAUGAAAUUGUUGAAAAUCUAUUUUAUAGUUAAUCUUUAUUUAAAAAAUACAUAAUUGGCAAUCAUUAUUUAUGUAUGUGAAUUAUCAGAUAAUUUAGACUGUUCAGGGAAUUUUAAGCAGUAUAUAUUUUUAGAGACCAUAAUAGAUUGUGUCGGGCUUGCAUUGAAAGUCAUUGAAUGUAAGGCAUAGAAUUACUAUCUGAAGCCUUUGUAAACUUUUUGUAAAAAGCUUUAUAUUUCAAAGGGAAGAAGACUUUGAUCAUGUUGAUGCUUCAAACUUAAUUAGUCAUGUUAGUAUACAGAAUCUAAAUAUGUGUUUUUUUUUAUCAUGUGAAUUUCUCACUUUUAAGUAAUAGCUAUCAUGGCUAUAGACUAUCUAUAUUUGGUAUACGGGUUUCUUGUAAUGUCUACAUUUUCACAAGACAGGGUUCACAAUUAAUUAUUUAAUGGAUAAAUGAUCAAGGUCGAAGUUACAUGAUAAGGUCUGUUUUUUAGAUACAAUAAGUUACUGUAGAAGGGCAGCUUUAUGUUUCAUUUGACGUUUACCUCAUUUUCAUGGUUCAUUGGUCAAUUUUAAGACAUAAUGAUAUCUGCAUCAAUCAAUUCCUUCCUCUGUCCUAUAAUCAGGUAAAAGUUUUGGCUUAUAGUAUUCUAAUAUGAAGAUGCUGUCAGUUAUACCAAUCAUAAGUUCUAAACAUAUUUGUGUUCAGUUCAACUGUUACAUAUACAUCUGAAAAAAGCUAUGAUAGUAAUCAUGAUUACUUCAAAAAGAGCAAUGUUUCUAACAUACAAACUAAACAUGAUAGUAAGGUAACAUUGAAAAGGGAAUUUUUCACACAUUUUUUAAAUUCAUAGUCCUUUUAAAUUGGUCAUGUAAUUUGAUAUCAAGUAUUAAACAUGAUAUUUCCUAAAAAAAAACAACAUUUAUCAUGUUUAUCCAAUCAGGAAUUAAACAUAGGAAUCAAAAUUGUUAUGUCAAUAGCCAUUGCAAAUAUUUAACAGAAUACAUGGAAAGACAGUGAAUACUGACAUGAAUCUUUGAUCAUUAUAGAUUAUCCUAUUACAUAUGAGUAGAGUUAAUAACAUUAUACAAUUUUAAACCCAAAAAUCUCAAAUAUUUAUGACUUUUAUGGUUCUCUUCAUCUUUUUUCACAAAUCAUGCCUAAAAUGUGUUGAAAGAAUAUGAAAAAAAAAACAGACUUGCAGUCUACUUUGUAAUGAUUUUCACAUUAAGGAAUGAUUAAACCCUGGUUCGCCUCCCCUCCAGGAUCUUGGUUUCUUCUGCCCCUUGAUCAUUGCAUAUAUUUUGCAUCUAGUACUUGUCAUGUCAUAAAAUUCCACAAAGUAAUGAUUAACUAUUUCUUUGUUAUAUUGUUUGUCUCAUUACAAUGCUAAUUCAUAUUUUUUACCUUGUAAGGAGAUUUUUUUUUUUUAAGUAAAAGGUUUCUAUUGAGUGACAAAAACAAAUGGUGCUUAAAGGGAGUUGUGAGUAAUUAUUCAAAAGAGUAUCAUUCCAAUUGAUUAACAUAUAAAUCUGUAGGGUUGAAAUGGCUCAAAUCAUGAAAUACAUAUAUAUUGUCACAAUGAUUGAAAGUAUCGAGGUUACAGUUUUACAGUGGUUAUCUGAUGUUAUUGACAUUUAAAUUUAUCAUGACUUAAUGUAAUAUAACUGUACAUGUUCUUGCUGUAUUUGUAAAUUGUUGGGUGACUGCAAAAUAGAAACUCUGAUAAACUUUUACAGCUUGUUUACAAAUGGGGAACAUUUGGUAUUUUUGGAUCAGUCUUAAGACAUUGAACACACAUUAUAACCUUGGUAUUGCUUGUUUUAAAGUAAUUUUUCAAUAGUUGGCCAUUUUGCUGCAGUUUUUUAUUCUCUAAUUUAUUGCCAAAGUAUUUUUGAACAAAUGGUUUACAAUUUAAUUGCCAUCUUGAUUAUUUAUAUGUCAAUAAUUGUAAUUAUUUAUGUAUACAUAUGUUCUAUAUUUUAAUUAACAUAUUAUUGUUUCUACCUUAUUGGUGGCCAACAAUGGAGAAAAAAGAAUAAACUAUUAAAUCUGA